ACAUAUCUACAUGCAUAAAUAAAUAAGCGAGACAGCGUUGCAUUUUAACACACAAUUUGUUACUUUUUUCCCUCAACGAUCGCUAACGACGCGCCAGUUGAGUUGUACGUAGCAACGGCAGCAGUCGUGCAGCAGUGAACUUCGAGCGUGUCGAGGGCAAUAAAAGUGACGGCGCCAACCAAACAGCGCGCCCAAGCAGCAAGCAGCAAGUUCAAAUAAAUAAUAAAUAUAUAAACGAAAAGUAUUUACAAUAAAAAUUUUUAGGUGAAACUUUAAAAGUGUUCCACAUAGAAAAAUACGGUAAAAGAGAAAAAGAAGAAGCUGCAGCGAACUUAAGUGAAGCAGCAACAAUAAAAAUAAAGCAAAAUCAGAGAGAAACAAAAAUAAAUAAAGCGAAAUUAAAAAAUCGCGAAAAAGUAAAAAAAAAGCAGAAAGGCGUAAAAUCAGUGCAACAAAAGAAGAAAUCAAGCAACAACAACGCCAUUACAACAAUAAAAGAGCUUGUUAAAUUAAAUAAGAAAUGUACUAACUGGUAUAAAGCGAAAUAAAAUUAAAAAUAAAAAUUAAAAUUACACACAAACACCUACAUACACAACAUACACCCACAUUCGCACACUACAACAAACCGCUUUUCUUUCCGCAAAAUACACGGGCCCCCCCUCCAACACGACCGCAACUCAAACAGCAGUGAAAGAAUUUAUCUGUGCGUGUGCGCCAAUGUAUGUGUAUUUGUGUAAAGUAAAAUAAAAUAGAAGUGAAAUUUUAUUUUUUCGAACUCGUUUAAGUGUGGAAGUAAGUUGAAAAUAAUAAGAGAUAGCAAAACCACAAAAACCACAGUAAGAAGGAAAUCCAUAACAAGCGCAGCAGCAACAAUUGCAACAAAAACGACGACGACAACAACAACAACAGCAAAUAUGGAAGACAAUAAUACAAGUACGCCAAUGAAGUCCGACGAAUCAGUCACAUUAACAAUAAGGCUGAUAAUGCAAGGCAAGGAGGUCGGCAGCAUUAUUGGCAAGAAAGGCGAGAUUGUGAACAGAUUUCGUGAGGAGUCUGGCGCAAAGAUCAACAUCUCGGACGGCUCAUGCCCGGAACGCAUUGUCACUGUAUCUGGUACGACCAGCUCGAUCUUUUCGGCUUUCACGCUCAUCACAAAGAAGUUCGAAGAGUGGUGCUCACAGUUCAGUGAUGUUGGCAAGGUUGGCAAAACUCAAAUACCGAUACGUUUAAUUGUGCCCGCCAGUCAGUGUGGAUCCUUAAUUGGCAAAAGUGGCUCAAAAAUCAAGGAGAUACGUCAAACCACUGGCUGUUCGAUUCAGGUUGCCAGCGAAAUGUUGCCAAAUUCAACAGAAAGAGCCGUUACUUUGAGCGGUACUGCUGAACAAAUAACCCAAUGUAUCUAUCAGAUUUGUCUCGUUAUGCUGGAGUCACCACCAAGGGGAGCCACCAUACCGUAUCGGCCAAAACCGCAAGUAUCUGGACCAGUCAUUUUGGCAAACGGACAAGCCUAUACCAUACAAGGCAACUAUGCUGUACCCGCACAAGAGACAUGUCCAGUUUUCCCACUGGCCUUGGCCACCGGUGGCUUACACGCUGGUAUCUCAGGUUUGACGGAUCCACUCUUGAAGGGGGCACAUUUGCAAGGAGCCGUGCCGGCAGCCCAUCAUCAUCUACAGCAUAUACCCGAUGUGGCAAAGAAUCCAUUGGCUAGCUUGGCUGCGUUGGGCUUAGCUGGUAUAACACCAACCAAUACCGGCGGUUUGAAUCCCACAGCAGCUUUGGCCGCUUUAGCUGGCUCGCAACUGCGCACAGCCAAUACAAGUCGCACCCAACAACAACAACAUGAAAUGACCGUUUCCAACGAUUUAAUCGGUUGCAUCAUCGGCAAGGGUGGCACGAAAAUUGCCGAAAUACGUCAAAUUUCCGGUGCAAUGAUACGCAUUUCGAAUUGUGAGGAACGUGAGGGCGGCAAUACCGAUCGUACAAUCACGAUUAGCGGUAAUCCAGAUUCGGUGGCAUUGGCUCAAUACUUAAUUAAUAUGAGCGUUGAACUGCAGAAGGCUAAUCUACAGGAGGCGAACAAUUGUGCCAAUGGCCAAGUUAACAAUGGCGGCAGCGGCAACAACAACAACGGUAACAACAACAGCAAUAAUAACAACGCGAAUGGCAAUGCCAAUAACAGCAACAAUAACAGCAACAAUGGUAAUCAUCUGAGCGGCAAUAGCAGCUCUGGCGGCGGCGGCAGCAGCAAUGGCAGUUUGAAUCAGUGCAGCAGCAGCAGCAGCAGCGGCAGCAGCAAUCACAGCAAUAGCAAUAAUAGUUUAAACAAUUUAAAUACAAACUCGACGAACAAUUCGAACAGCAACACACACUCAUCAACAGCCAUGUCAAUCACAAGCAACAGUAAUAGCAACAACAGCGGCAAUAGUAACAACAACACAAGCAGCAACAAUAUAUCCCUAAACUCGACUUCCAAUAAUCCAACCAAUCCAUUUACCACUACAAUACCAUUCACAAAUCCACCCAACCCGUUCGCCAACUCCACCACAGUUAGUUCGUUAGCAACAGCUAUACCGUUAGCACAGUUAUUAUCGAAACCGGGCGCUUUGAAUGCACUCUCCAGCCUGACGGCUUUAGGCGGUCUCACCGAUCUGUUGGGCGGCCUGGCAACACUCAACGGGCCACCCAUACAGACCACGGGUGUGCAUCGCACAAAAAGUUUUGCCUCUACACGUUUUCGUAGUCACAAUCAUGCCGGCGAUGGCAAUGCCGAUAGCGAGAAGACGCGAAACAAGUUUAAUCCAUAUUAGGAAGUGUGUGGGGGGAACGAAGUAAGCAUGCAAGUUUUUGAGGAAAUGUAGAGGGUGAAAGCUUGAUUAGGCUUGAGUGGAGAAUUUGGAAAAUAAUGGUGUUUAUAAAGCUCCUGAGGGUAAAGAAAAAAAUUAUGAAAGCUUUUUAAAAAUAAACAAUGAAAGCUGAAGCUUCGAAAGUUUUAUAAUUUAGGCUUUCAAGUUUUAAAAUGAAGCUUUGAAACUUUAAGUUUAAAGUUGAAGCUUAGAACGGUUUGAUUUAAAGUUUUGAUGUUGAAACUUUUUAGAAUUUAAAUAGAAAACUUUAGACUUGAAAGGUAUUACUUAAAGCCUUCAACGUUAAAAGCUGACGCUUUGGGAGUUCAAAAUUGAAGCGCUUGAAGUUUAAAGUUGAAGCUUUACAUAUUUUAAAUAAUUUAAAAAAUACGAAAUAGAAACUUUGAGAAGCUAACAUUUCGAAAGUUUAAAUUCGAAGUUCUUCAAGUUAAAUGUUAAAACUAAAAAAAAAAAAUUUAUAAAUUUGAAGCUUUGAAGCUUUGAAAGUUUCAAAUUUAAAGCUGUGCAAGUUUCAAAUUUAAAGCUGUGCAAGUUUCAAUUUGAAGCUUUUCAUGUUUCAAAUUGAAGCUGUGCAAGUUUCAAAUUUAAGCUUUGGAAGUUGACAGUUGAAGCUCUUACUUCUUUUUGUAAACUUUAAUAAAAAAAAUAUUAAAGCUUUCUAUUUUCAAAUAACACAUAGAGAUUUAAAGUGUUAACUUUUGAAUAGUAUUCAUAUUUAAGAUUGAAAAAUAGUAGUAGUAAGAAAGGAAUUUUGAAGUAUAAUAAAAAAUUGAAAGAUGCUUUGCGUCCUUAUUAUGAAAGCUUUGAGCGAAUUAAAUGAUAAACUCAAGAACAUAAAAGCAAAAGCGAUUGUAGUCUGAGCAGUUUUGAAGUCAACAGAUGGUUCGGUUUUGAUUGAUACGGUUGGCGUUGAAGUAUAAUAGUAUUAGUAGUUGUAUGCGUUGCUUUGUGUGCGUCGAAUUACUUUUUAGAAUUCAAAUUAGUUUUUUUGCAAGUCGCGCACACUUGCAUAUUUUUCUAUUUUUAUUAUUAUUAUUGUUAAUAUUAAUUUUUGCAUAUUUUGGGUUAAAUAAAAAUUUAGGCAUUAGUAAUGCAGGCAUAAACCAAUAUGUACAGGCAAAUGUAUAGGUAAGCGGUAAAAUUGAGUACUUGCAAGCAAACAAAAUCAUUGCAUACAUUUAGGCGUCAAAAGAAAAUGUAUUUUAAUUCAAUUGGAAUUUAGCAUA